CUGCUGCGGCUGCACUACCAGCUUCUGAGGGAAGGAGGCCGAGGCCUGGGCCGAGCCCGGAGCCGCCGCUCGCCCGAGCCUCCUGGAGCCCCCGCGCCGGCUCAGCCUGGGGGCGGGCUCGGGCCUGGCCCGCCGCCGAACCCAGGACAGAGGCCGCAUGCCCGAGGACCAGGCCAGCACAGCCAUGGUCUUUGUACAUUUCAUGAAGAAAUUGAAGAUUUUUACCAACUUCUGCAGUCUGAAAUUGAUCAAACAUGCACUCAAGAGGCACUGAUAAUAACUGGUGAUUGGAAUGCAAAAGGUGGAAACAAGAAGGGUGUCUAGUUGGAAAAUAUGCCUUGGUGAUAGAAAUGACACCAGAGAUCGCAUGAUAGAAUUUUGCAAGACCAGUGACUUCUUCAUUGCAAAUACCUUUUUUCAAUAACAUAAAAACAGUGACUAUACAUGUGGACCUUGCCAGACGGAUUACACAGGAAUCAAAUUUACUACAUCUGUGGAAAGACAACGGAAAAGCUCAAUAUCACCCGUCUGAACAAGGCCAAGGGCUGACUGCAGAGCAGGCAAUCAAUUGCUCAUAUGCAAGUUGAAGUUCAAGAAAAUUAAAACAAGUCCAUGGGAACCAAAAUACGAUCUUGAGUAUAUUCUGCCUGAGUUCAGAGACCAUCUCAAGAAUAGAUUUGAUGCAUUAAACACUAAUGACCGAAGACCAGACAAAUUGUGGAAUGACAUCAAGAACAUCAUACACGUAAAAAGCAAAAGGUCAUUAAAAAGACAGGAGAGAAAGAAUAAAUGAAAUGGAGAACAGGAAAACAAUAGAAUCAAUAAGACCAAAAGUUGGUUCUUUAAAAAGGUCGAUUAAAAUCAACAAACCAUCGGCCAAACUGACAAAAGGAAAAUAAGAGGAAACAAAUAACCCAAAUAAGAAAUGAGAUUGGGGUAAUUAUAACAGACCCAACUGAAAUAAAAAGGAUUAUAACAGCAUACUAUGAAACAUUGUACCCCAACAAAUUUGAGAACCUAGAGGAAAUGGACAAAUUUCUGGAAACACACUACCAACCUAAAGUAACACAAACUGAGAUUGAAAAUCUGCAAAGACCCAUAACAAGUGAAUAGAUUGAAGAGGUAAUAAUAAUAAUAAUAAGGAAAAUCCCCCAACAAAACAUAAGCCUUGGCCCAGAUGGCUUCACUGGAGAAUUCUACCAGCCAUCCAGAGAAGAGCUCACAUCAGUACUACUCAAACUAUUUCAGAGCAUAGUAAAGGUAGGAAUAUUCCUGAAUUCAUUCUGUGAAGCCUUCAUAACCCUGAUACCAAAACCAAGCAAAGACACCACAAAAAAAGAAAAUUACAAACCAAUAUCUCUCAGGAAUAUAGAGGCAAAAAUUCUCAACAAAAUUCCAGCCAAUUGAAUUCAGCAUCUAUCAAAAAAAAUAAUACACCAUGACUGAGUGGGUUUCAUACCAGGUAUGUAAGCAUGGUUCAACUUUUAGGAAAUCAAUCAGUAUAACCUACCACAGAAACAGAACAAAAGAAAAGAAUCAUAUCAUCUCAGACGAUGCAGAAAAGGCACUUGAUAAAGUCUAACACCCAUUUCUGAUUAAAAAAAAAAAAAACUCAAUAAAACAGGACUAGAAGGGAAAAUCUUCAACAUGAUAAAGAGCAUCUAUACAAAACCAGCAACCAACAUCAUUCUUAAUGGAAGGAGGCAGAAAGCAUUCCACCUGAGAAUGGGAACAAGACAAGGAUGCCUUUUAUCACUCCUCCUGUUUAACACUGCGCUCGAAGUCCUAGCUAGAGCAGUAAAGCAAGAAAAAGAAAUAAAGCACUUCCAAAUUGAAAAGGAAGAAAUAAAUGAUCCGACAUAUAGGAAACCCCAAAGAUUCCACAAGAAAACUACUAAAACUAAUAGAAAGAUUCAGCAGAGUAGUAGAAUUCAAGAUCAACAUACAAAAAUCAGUUGAAUUCCUAUACAGCAAGAAAGAGAACUUCAAAAAGGACAUCAGAAAAGCAAUAUCAUUUAUAAUAGCCCCUAAAAAUAAUAGGAAUAAAUCUAACCAGGGAUGUAAAAGAUGCAUACACUGGAGAAAAAUGUAGAAUAAAAUUCAAACUCACAAAAAAAGAUCAGACUUACUGGCCUGACACAGACUGGAGAAACCCCAAGAGUAUGGCCCCCAGGCACCCUUGUGACUUGGUGCUGAAGUCACUCCUGAGGUUCACCCUUCAGCCAAAGAUUAAAAAGGCCUAUAAAAUAAACAAUAAUACAUGCAGUUCGACCAUGUAUACAAGACUAAAUAGGCACAUCAGCCCAGGGGCAAGGAGAAGAAGGCAGGAGAGACGGGAACUGGAUGAAUGGACAUGGGGAACCCAAGUUCAAGAAGGGGAGAGUGUUGACGUGUUGCUGGGUUGGCAACCAAUUAUCACAAAAUAAUAUGUGUAUUGUUUAAUGAGAAACUAAUUUGCUCUGUAAAUCUUCACCCAAAGCACAGUAUAAAAUAAAAAUCAGAAAAAAAGAAGUUAUGACAAUUCUACAAUAUUUCCCUAAUUAAAAAAAAUGUAUGAUGUCAGGCACCAGAAGAAAACAAAUAAUAAAAAUUAGAGCUGAACUAAAUGAAUUAGAGAGCAGAAAAACAGUUGAAAGAAUUAACAAAGCCAAAAGCUGGUUCUUUGAAAAAAUUAACAAAAUUGAUAAACCAUUGGCCAGACUGACAAAGAAAUACAGGAAAGGAAACAAAUAACCCAAAUAAGAAACGAGAUGGGCCACAUCACAACAGACCCAACUGAAAUAAAAAGAAUCAUAUCAAAUUUUUACCAAAAAUUGUACUCUAACAAAUUUGCAAACCUAGAAGAAAUGGAUGAAUUCCUGGAAAAACACUACCUACCUAAACUAACACAAUCAGAAGUAGAACAACUAAAUAGACCCAUAACAAAAAAAAAAAAAGAGAUUGAAACGGUAAUCAAAAAACUCCCAGCAAAAAAAAGCCCUGGCCCGGACGGCUUUACUGCAGAGUUCUACCAAACUUUCAGAGAAGAGUUAAUACCACUACUACUAAAAGUAUUUCAAAGCAUAGAAAAUGAUGGAAUACUACCUAACUCAUUCUAUGAAGCCACCAUAUCCCUGAUACCAAAACCAGGUAAAGACAUCACAAAAAAAGAAAAUUACAGACCUAUAUCCCUCAUGAACAUAGAUGCAAAAAUCCUCAACAAAACUCUAGCCAAUAGAAUUCAACAACAUACCCAAAAAAUAAUCCAUCACGACCAAGUGGGAUUUAUACCAGGUAUGCAAGGCUGGUUUAAUAUUAGAAAAACCAUUAAUGUAAUCCACCAUAUAAAUAAAACAAAAGACAAAAACCACACGAUCUUAUCAAUCGAUGCAGAAAAGGCAUUUGACAAAGUCCAACACCCAUUUAUGAUAAAAACUCUCAGCAAAAUAGGAAUCGAAGGAAAAUUCCUCAACAUAAUAAAGGACAUCUAUACAAAGCCAACAGCCAACAUCACUGUAAAUGGAGAGAACCUGAAAGCAUUUCCCUUGAGAACGGGAACCAGACAAGGAUGCCCUUUAUCACCGCUCUUAUUCAACAUUGUGCUAGAGGUCCUAGCCAGAGCAAUUAGGCUAGACAAAGAAAUGAAGGGCAUCCGGAUUGGCAAGGAGGAAGUAAAAUUAUCUCUAUUUGCAGAUGACAUGAUCUUAUACACAGAGAACCCUAAGGAGUCCUCCAGAAAACUACUGAAGCUAAUAGAAGAGUUUGGCAGAGUCUCAGGUUAUAAGAUAAACAUACAAAAAUCACUUGGAUCCCUCUACAUCAACAAAAAGAACACCGAAGAGGAAAUGACCAAAUCAAUACCAUUCACAGUAGCCCCCAAGGAGAUAAAAUACUUAGGAAUAAAUCUUACCAAAGAUGUAAAAGACCUAUACAAAGAAAACUACAAAGUACUAGUGCAAGAAACUAAAAAGGACCUACAUAAGUGGAAAAACAUACCUUGCUCAUGGAUAGGAAGACUUAACAUAGUAAAAAUGUCUAUUCUUCCAAAAGCCAUCUAUACAUACAGUGCACUUCCAAUCCAAAUUCCAAUGACAUAUUUUAGUGUGAUGGAGAAAAAAAUCACCAACUUCAUAUGGAAGGGAAAGAAGCACUGGAUAAGUAAAGCAUUACUCAAAAAGAAAAAGAAAGUGGGAGGCCUCACUCUACCUGAUUUUAGAACCUAUUAUACAGCCACAGUAGUCAAAACAGCCUGGUACUGGUACAACAACAGGCACAUAGACCAAUGGAACAGAAUUGAGAACCCAGAUAUAAAUCCAUCCACAUAUGAGCAGCUGAUAUUUGACAAAGGCUCAGAGUCAGUUAAUUGGGGAAAAGAUAGUCUUUUUAACAAAUGGUGCUGGCAUAACUGGAUAUCCAUUUGCAAAAAAAUGAAACAGGACCCAUACCUCACACCAAGCACAAAAACUAACUCCAAGUGGAUCAAAGACCUAAACAUAAAGACUAAAACCGUAAAGAUUAUGGAAGAAAAAAUAGAGACAACGUUAGGAUCCCUAAUACAAGGCAUAAAGAGAAUACAAAACAUUACCAAAAAUGACGAAGAGAAACCAGAUAACUGGGAGCUCCUAAAAAUCAAACACCUAUGCUCAUCUAAAGACUUCAGCAAAAGCGUAAAAAGACCACCUACAGAUUGGGAAAGAAUUUUCAGCUAUGACAUCUCUGACCAGCGCCUGAUCUCUAAAAUCUAUAUGAUUCUGUCAAAACUCAACCACAAAAAGACAAACAACCCAAUCAAAAAGUGUUCAAAGGAUAUGAAAACGCACUUCACUAAAGGAGACAUUCAGGCAGCUAACAGAUACAUGAGAAAAUGCUCUCGAUCAUUAGCCAUUAGAGAAAUGCAAAUUAAAACUACGAUGAGAUUCCAUCUCACUCCAACAAGGCUGGCAUUAAUCCAAAGAACACAAAAUAAUAAAUGUUGGAGAGGCUGCAGAGAGAUUGGAACUCUUAUACACUGCUGGUGGGAAUGUAAAAUGGUACAACCACUUUGGAAAUCUAUCUGGCGUUAUCUUAAACAGUUAGAAAUAGAACUACCAUACAACCCAGAAAUCCCACUCCUCGGAAUAUACCCUAGAGAAAUAAGAGCCUUCACACAAACAGAUAUAUGCACGCCCAUGUUUAUUGCAGCUCUGUUUACAAUAGCAAAAAGCUGGAAGCAACCAAGGUGUCCAUCAACGGAUGAAUGGGUAAAUAAAUUGUGGUAUAUUCACACAAUGGAAUACUACGCAUCGAUAAGGAACAGUGACAAAUCUAUGAAACAUUUCAUAACGUGGAGGAACCUGGAAGGCAUUAUGCUGAGUGAAAUUAGUCAGAGGCAAAAGGACAAAUAUUGUAUAAGACCACUGUUAUAAGAUCUUGAGAAACAGUAUAAACUGAGAAGAACACAUACUUUUGUGGUUAUGAGGAGGGGAAGGAGGGAGGGCAGGAGAGGGUUAUUUACUGAUUAGUUAGUAGAUAAGAACUACUUUAGGUGAAGGGAAGGACAAUACUCAAUACACGGAAGGUCAGCUCAACUGGACUGGACCAAAAGCAAAGAAGUUUACGGGAUAAACUGAAUGCUUCAAAGGUCAGCGGAGCAAGGGCGGUGCUUUGGGGACUAUGGCUUAAGGGGACUUCUAAGUCAAUUGGCAAAAAAAUACUAUUAUGAAAACAUUCUGCAUCCCACUUUGAAAUGUGGCGUCUGGGGUCUUAAAUGCUAACAAGCGGCCAUCUAAGAUGCAUCAAUUGGACUCAACCUACCUGGAUCAAAGGAGAAUGAAGAACACCAAGGUCACACGAUAACUAUGAGCCCAAGAGACAGAAAGGGCCACAUGAACCAGAGACUUACAUCAUCCUGAGACCAGAAGAACUAGAUGGUGCCCGGCCACAACCGAUGACUGCCCUGACAGGGAGCACAACAGAGGACCCCUGAGGGAGCAGAUCAGUGGGAUGCAGACCCCAAAUUCUCAUAAAAAGACCAGACUUAAUGGUCUGACUGAGACUAGAGGAAUCCCGGCGGUCAUGGUCCCCAAACCUUCUGUUGGCCCAAGACAGGAACCAUUCCUUAAGACAACUCAUCAGACGUGGAAGGGACUGGACAAUGGGUUGGAGAGAGAUGCUGAUGAAGAGUGAGCUACUUGUAUCAGGUGGACACUUGAGACUGUGUUGGCAUCUCCUGUCUGGAGGGGAGAUGGGAGGGUAGAGAGGGUUAGAAACUGGCAAAAUUGUCACGAAAGGAGAGACUGGAAGGAGGGAGCAGGCUGACUCAUUAGGGGGAGAAUAAGUGGGAGUAUGGAGUAAGGUGUAUAUAAGCUUAUAUGUGACAGACUGACUUGAUUUGUAAGCUUUCACUUAAAGCACAAUAAAAAUUAUUAAAAAAAAAAAGUAUGAUGUAUGUUUGUGAAAGUCAAAGGACUUUUGUCAUCCCUAGUAGAAUUGGAUUGGCCUGUGUUUGCAUCCUGGUUUCUCUCCAUAAAGAAAGACAGCAUGACUGUUAAUCCUCACCUUUUACUCUACAGAGAAACUACAUGUAAUUUUAAGGAAUUUUUAUAGAAAAACAUGUGGCUUAGUAAAAAAAAGUUUUCUGCAAAAAAAAAAAACCUAUUCAAAGAAAGGAGCCCUGGUUGCUCAGUGGUUAAGAGCUCAGCUGGUAACCAAAAGGUUGGCAGUUUGAAUCCACCAGCUGCUCCUUGGAAACCCUGUGGGGCAGCUCUACUCUGUCCUAUACGGCGUCUGUGAGUUGGAAUCAACUUGAUGGCAAUGGGUUGGGCUUGGUUUUAUACAAAGGAAACUACAAAACACUAUUGCAAGAAACCAAAAGAGACCUACAUAAAUGGAAAAACAUACCAUGUUCAUGGAUAGGAAGACUCAACAUUGUGAAAGUAUCAGUUCUAUCCAAAAAAAUCUAUUGAUAUAAUAUGACCCCGAUCCAAAUACCAACAGCAUUCUUUAAUGGGAUGGAAACACUGAUCACUAACUUCAUAUGGAAAGGAAGGAGACCCCAGAUAAACAAAGCAUUGUUGAAGAAAAAGAACAAAGUAGGAGGCCGCACACUAGCUGAUCUCAGAACCUGGUAUACAGCCGUGGCAGUCAAAACAGUCUGGUACUGGUACAACGACAGACACAUAGACCAAUGGAACAGAAUUGAGAACUCAGACAUAAAUCCAUCCACCUAUGUUUAGCUGCUCUUUGACAAAGGACCAAAGUCUGUUAAAUCAUUAAAUGAGGAAAAGAGUGUUUUUAACAAAUGGUGCUGGCAAAACUGGAUGUCCAUCUGUAAAAAAAGAAACAGGACCUACACCUCACACCAUACGCAAAAACUAACUCAAAUUUGAUCAAAGACCUGAGUAUAAAACCUAAAACGAUAAAGAUCCUGGAAGAAAAAAUAGGGACAACACCAGGGGCCCUAAUACAUGCAUAAAUUCAGUACAAAUCAUAACUAACAAUGCACAAACACCAGAAGAUAAACUAGGUAACUGGGAGCUCUUAAAAAUUAAACACUUUGGCUCAUCAGAAGACUUCACCAAAAGUGUAAAAAGGGAACUUACAGACUGGGAAAAAAUACUUCAACACCUCAACAACAAAAAGACAAAAAUGGGCAAAUGACAUGAACAGACACCUCACCAUAGAGGACAUUCAGGCAGCUAACAGUCACAUAAGGAAAUGCUCGUGAUCAUUAACCAUUUAUGAAAUGCAAGUCAAAACUACAAUGAGAUACCAUCUCACCCUGACAUUACUGACACUAAUCAAAAAAAUUGAAAAUAACAAAUGUUGGAGAGGUUGUGGGGAGAUUGAAACUGUCAUACAUACUGCAUGGUGUAACCACUAUGGAAAAUGAUAUGGUGCCUACUUAAAAAGCUAGAAAUAGAAAUAACUGUACAAUCCAGCAAUUCCACUCCUAGGAAUAUAUCCGGGAGAAAUAAGAGCCGCCACACAAAUAGAUAUAUGCACACCCAUGUUUGUUGCAGCUUUAUUCACAAUAGCAAAACAGUGGAAAUAUCCUAAGUGCCCAUCAACAGAUGAAUGGAAAAAAAAUUAUGGUAAGUGAUAAAAAACAAUGAUGAAUCCUCGAAAUAUGUCACAACAUGGAUGAAUCUGGAGGACAUUAUGCUGAGUGAAAUAAGUCAAUCACAAAAGGACAAAUACUGUAUGAGACCACUAUUAUAAAAAGUCAAGAAAAGAUUUAUCUCUUAGUUAUCUGGUGCUGCUGUAACAGAAAUACCACAAGUGGGUGGCUUUAACAAAGAGAAAUUUAUUCUCAGUCUAACAGGUUACAAAUCCAAAUUCAGGGUGUGAGCUCCAGGGGAAGGCUUUCUCUCUCUCUUGGCUCUGGAGGAAGAUCCCUUGUCAUCAGUUUUUCCCUGGUCAAGGAGCUUCUCAGGCACAGGGACACCAGCUCCAAAGGACACUCUCUACUCCCAUUGCUGCUUUCUUGGUGGUAUGGGGUCCCCAACUCUCUGCAGGCCACACCCCAGGGAAAAUCCUUUUACACUGAAUCAGGGAUAUGGCCUGAGCAAGGGUGUUACGUCCCACCCUAAUCCUCUUUAAUUGCAGGCAGAGAUUAUGAUUUAUAAUACAUAGGAAAAUCACAAAAUGGAGGACAACCGCACAUGGCCUAUCCAAGUUGACACAUAUUUUUGGGGACGCAAUUCAAUCCAUUACAGUUUACAUACAGAAAAAAAACAAUAUGGUUACAAGGGAGGGGAGGGAUCGGAAGGGGAAGUCGCUAACUAGAUAGUAGACAAGUGUUGACUUUGGUGAAGGGAAAGACAACACAGUAUAAGGGAAGUCAGCACAGGUUGACCAAGGCAAAGUCAUAGAUGCUUCCUAGAGAUACCCAAACACCUUGAGGGACUGAGUUACGGGGGGCUGAGGACUAUGGUCUCAGCAGACAUCUAGGUCAAUUGGCAUAACAUAGUUAAUAAAGAAAAUGUUCUGCAUCCUUAGUAGCAUCUGGGGUCUUGAAAGCUUGCAAGUGGUCAUUUAAGAUACAUGUCUAUUGGUCCCAUCAUGUUGGGAGCAAAGGAGAAUGAAGAAAACCAAAGACACAAGGAAAAUAUUAGUCCAGUGGACUAAUGGGCCACAUGAACCACAGCCUCCACCGUCCUGAGCCCAGAAGAGCUACGUGGUGCCCGGCCACCACCAUUGAUCUCUCUUACAGGGAUCACAGUAGAGGGUCCUGGACAGAGCAGGAUAAAAAUGUAGAAAAUUCAAAUUCACGAAAGAAGACCAGACUUACUGGUCUUACAGAGACUGCAGGAACCCCCAAGACCAUGGCCCCGGACCCCUGUUAACUCAGAAGUAAAGCUGCUCCCCAAGUCCACCUUUCAUCCCAAGAUUGGAGAGGCCUGUAAAACAAAAAAUAACAUGCUUCUUAGUUAAAUGAUGUAUACAAGACCACAUGGGCAACACCUGUCCAAAAGGAAAGAGGAGAAGGCAGGAAAGGGAUAGGGAACUGGAGGAAUGGACAUGGGGAACCUGGAGUGUAAAGGGAAAUGGGGAGAGUGCCGACACAUUGGCGGGAUUGCAACCAAUGUCACAAAAUAAUUUGUGUACAGAUUUUUUAAUGAAAAACAAUUUGCACUGUAAACUUUCACCUAAAGUACAAUAAAAUUAAAAAAAAAACUUUUAAAAGUCAUUCUGAAAUAACUCAAAUUCUUUAUUAGCAUUUUUGCAACAUUGUGAAGUAGAGAGCUCACAAAUACACUUCUCAAAAUUCCCCUUUUACCACCUAUCUGCUUCCCGCACAUACACUAGCUGCACUCUGCCUUCGCCCUGAAAACUACCCCAGAAUGCUUUUCCCAACCCAGUGCAUCAUUAUCAGAUGAUAAAAGCUCUGGGGAAGGUAAGACUGCAUAUGGAAAACAUAUAAGAGCAGUGGUAAGAAGCUGCAUUUAUGGCCAAUUCAGGAAAACAUAAGUGUAUGUGCUACCUAAAUAUAUAAUUUUCAUUCAAAAUUAGUAUAAUUUCAUUGAUCUAAUGAAAAGCCUUUUCAUAAUGUAUGAACGCAUACAUUAUUGAAAAAUAUGACCAUCGUCAAUAAAAAUGGGCACUCUUGUUUGAGCAAUACAAUAUUUUAAAAGGAGAAACUUGGAUUUUUUCAUUUCCACAAAUUUUAAUUUUUGUAUUUUUUCCAUUUUUGUCAAGUAUUUAAUUCAGAAAGAACAUAUGAAACAUUUGUGUAAGCCAUGAAACAUAGUAGACAUACCUAAAUAGCAUCCAAUUUAAGGCAUAGUACACUGAUAUUUUUUUCCUGUGUCCCAUUUCUCUGUGCCGCCUCCUCCCUCCUGCGAUGUGACUGUUAUCCCUUUUUUUUUUUAAUAAAUCAUACUCUUGCUCUUCUAUAUGGAUUUACCAUAUUAUUUAAUUUAGAAUUUUUCUGAUCUUACAUUCUGAAAUAAGUUUUCAGGCAAUAUCAUUUCCUGUGCAUGUAUAAAUACAUAAUUCAAAUCCUGCUGUUUGUAUUUAGGUUAAUAUUUCAUUGUUAGUAUUUUGCUGUCAUUAAAAAUUCUUCAGAAACAAAUUACUGCAUUAUCUGUAGAGUUGAUAUACUGUAAUUUGCUUACCAUUUUACCUUUUUUUUUUUUUUGGCGAGGAAAACUGAUUUAUCUCUUUGUGGCAAUACCUUUGUCUGUAAACCAAACCCAUCGCCAUCGAGUCAAUUCCAACUCAUAACGACCCUAUAGGACAGAGUAGAACUGUCUCAUAGAGUUUCCAAGGAGUGGCUGGUGGAUUUGAACUGCCAAUUUUUUUGGUUAGCAGCCAAGCUCCUAACCAUUAGGCCACCAGGGCUCCCCUGUUUGUAGCUUCAAUUAUUUUACAGAUAAGGGAGAUUUUUCUUUUUGGUAAUUUUGGAAUUCUUGGUUGGGAAAUUACUGGAUCAGAGAGUAUGGGUGUUUUUAAGACUGUCAUUAAAUCUUUUAUGUCCAGAAAAAUGGUGCCAAUUUCUACUCUGACCACUAUGAAAGGACACAUGUGGGCUGACGUUACUUGAAUAGUUCACAAUGUCAGGAUUAUAUUCUGUUUCAGAAAAAAUCAUGUUAACAACAACAACAAAACACACAAAAAACAAUAAAAAUGGGCUGUGCUGUUGUUUCAGGCUGGAAUUGUCUUUCCUGUUUGCCAUAGGAUAUCUUUUCAGCCAUUGUUCAGGGACCGUGUCAUUUGGCCAGCUGUACUUGUGAUGGUUAAUUACAGGGCUGAGUCAUCUAUUCUCAUCACUCUCCCUCUGAGAGUUUAUCCAUUCUUCUGACUUCAGCUGUCACCACUAGGGGGUGAUUGUCAAAUACAUAUUCAGCUCAGCGCUUUCACCAAGGAUUCCAUGAGUGGUUCAAAUGGCUAAUGUGCUUACCAGCCAACUGAAAGUUUGUUUAGCGUCAAGCCAGGGGCUCCUCAGGAGAAAGUCCUGGCAGUCUACUUCUGAAAACUCAGCCGCUGAGAACCCUGUGGAGCACAUUUCUACUCUGACACCCAUGAGGUUGCCAGGAGUCAGAAUAGGGUCGAUGGCAACUGGUUACUAGUCUUUCACCAAAGUAAAGUUCCGUUUCUGUAAUUGCUUAAGCAGACAGACUCUCUAUGACCAUAACAAAUUCCCCUGAAGAAAUAAUCCCUUGCCUUGUCUUCUUACAGUGUUGUUAGUGAGAUCAUGAGAGUAUUAACCAAUUUUAUUUUCUAAUUUUUUGUGACAAUUUCAGAUUUAUAAAAAAUUGCAAAACCAGUACAAGGAUUUCCCAUGUAGCUUUCCCAGAUUCGUAAAAUGUUGACAUUUUACCCUGUGUUGUUUUCUGCACUCUGUCUCUCCUGUACAUACACACACACACACACACACACACAGACACUUAUUGUUUUUCCUGGUUAACUGUUACUUUAAAUCUUGGUGUUAAUUUUGCCCCCCCCCUUUUUGUCCUUCAUCUGAGGGGGUUUUGUGGGGUAAGAGAAAGGGCAUGGUUUUUAGAAUUUUAAAGACCUCGGGUCUUUAAACUAGGUAAACUUGGGUAUAUUGCUCUUUCUGAGCUCCAGUGUCCUCAUACAAAAUGGUGUCUGGUGUACCAGUCCCAAAGGCUGUUGUGAGGGCUAAAUGAGAGGAUAUGUGUCAAAAGUAUGCUGUAUGAAUAUUGGUCAGUCUUUCAAAGAACAUCUGCCUAGUAGAGUGCCAGGCAUUGUGCUAGGUACUGGAGAUUCAGAAAUAGCAGCUAUUUCCUGUUCAGUCACUACAUUUUGUCAAUUCUCCCUUCAAAAUAUUUUCAUUUUGAUUUUUUUUCCAUUUUUAUUCUCUCUACCCUAAUCCAUAGCAUCGUCAUCUCAUGUCUGAGCUACUCUAACAACCAGCUGGUCCCUAAGUAAUUUUUUUGGCAUUUAUAUCAAUGUAGACUAAUAAUUAUUCUAACUGCUUGAGAGAUGGUGUGAUAUUGUGGAAAAAGUAUGGGCUUGUAAUCGGUAGAUCUGAGUUUGUAUUUGUGGCCCCUCUUCUUACAAGUAUUGUGAUACUGGGCAAGUCACUUUGCCACUUUCCUAAUUUGAACUUACUCUUUUUUUUUUUUUUCUUAUAACAGGUGAAUACCAGGGACUGUGCUGGGUACUAGGGAAAUAAGGAAAGGGUUAGUAGGUUCCUUGAACUUGAACUGCUCAUGGUCUAGUGGGGGAAACGGACAUAAUCGUAAAUAGCUGUGGUAUAUGAAGGAAUUGUGAAAAAAACUGGCUUUGGAGUCAGACAUUAAAAAAAAAAGGCAGGAUACAUAGUGCCUAAAAGCCCGGACUUAAUUCUGGAGUGAGAUUGCCUAGGAUCUAAUUCUGGUGGUACCGUUUAUUAGCUGUGUAACCCUGGCCAACUUACUUAACCUCUCAAAACUUCAGUUUCCUUGUCUGUAGAAUAGGAAAACCGAUGGAAUUUAAUUUAUAGGCUUUAUUUAAUUUUAAUUUAUAUGUAUGUAUAUAUAUAUAUAUUUUUUUAAUAACUUUUAUUAAGCUUCAAGUGAACGUUUACAAAUCCAAUCAGUCUGUCACAUAUAAGUUUACAUACAUCUCACUCCCUACUCCCACUUGCUCUCCCCCUCUUGAGUCAGCCCUUUCAGUCUCUCCUUUCUUGACAAUUUUGCCGGCUUCCCUCUCUCUCUAUCCUCCCAUCCCCCCUCCAGACAAGAGUUGCCAACACAAUCUCAAGUGUCUACCUGAUAUAAUUAGCUCACUCUUCAUCAGUGUCUCUCUCCCACCCGCUGACCAGUCCCUUUCAUGUCUGAUGAGUUGUCUUCGGGGAUGGUUCCUGUCCUGUGUCAACAGAAGGUCUGGGGAGCAUGGCCGCCGGGAUUCCUCCAGUCUCAGUCAGACCAUUAAGUUUGGUCUUUUUAUGAGAAUUUGGGGUCUGUAUCCCACUGAUCUCCUGCUCCCUCAGGGGUCCUCUGCUGUGCUCCCUGUCAGGGCAGUCAUCGAUUGUGGCUGGGCACCAACUAGUUCUUCUGGUCUCAGGAUGAUGUAGAUCUCUGGUUCAUGUGGCCCUUUCUGUCUCUUGGGCUCUUAGUUGUCCUGUGGCCUUGGUGUUCUUCAUUUUCCUUUGCUCCAGGUGGGUUGAGACCAAUUGCUGCAUCUUAGAUGGCCGCUUGUUAGCAUUUAAGACCCCAGACGCC